AUGGAGGAUUGCUGCAGGGGCUCUUUGCUCUCCCAUCUCCCUUUCCUGCUUCUCCUCUUCCAGCUGCCCACUGGGGGGUCUGCAGAGGAGUUCGUGGUGAUUGGCUCCUCGGACCCCAUUGUGGCAGUGCUGGGUGAGAACAUCACAUUGCCAUGUCGUGUGUUCCCAGCCAUGAGUGUGGAGAACAUGGAACUGCGGUGGUUCCGCUCCAAGUUCUCAGAAGCAGUGUUCAUCUAUCAAAACCAGCAGGAGCAGAGAGAGGAGCAGCUGGCCCAGUACACAGGGCGGACCUCACUGGUGAAGGACCUCCUCACCCAAGGGGAGGCUGCUGUGUGCAUCCACAAUGUCCAGGCUUUCGACAAUGGGCUGUAUACCUGUUUUUUCAGAAAGGGAAACUUCUAUGAAGAGGCUAAUUUGGAACUGAAGGUGGCAGGUGUGGGCUCUGCCCCACAAGUGCACAUCACGGGACCAGAGGAGGAUGGGGUCCGAGUUGUGUGCAUGGCCUCGGGGUGGUUCCCAAAGCCCCAGGUGCAGUGGAGAGCUGUCAGUGGAGGAAAGUUCCUGACAUUCUCUGAGACCCAAGCCCAAGAUGCUGAAGGGCUGUUCACCAUGGAGGCCACUCUGGUGGUGAGGGACAGCUCUUCAGGGAAUGUGACCUGCUCAGUCCUCAACCCCAUCCUGGGCCAGGAGAAGGGGGUGGCCAUUUUCAUCCCAGAACCCUUCUUCCCCCGGAGUUCUCCUUGGAAGCCGGCUUUCAUGGUGAUCCUGACUGUGCUGAUGCUCCUACUCCUGGGGGCUGCCUUUUACAUCAAGAGAGAGCAUACCGCAAAGCACCGGGAGAUACAGGAAUGGGAGAAACUGCGGAGGGACAAGGUGGAGGACCAGCUGACAAAGGAGGAGGCACUGAAGGCCAGAGGUAAACGCAGGACAGGCGCCAUGGUAGGCCAGUGUGGUAGCUGGUGUGGAGGACAAGCGGACAGCAGCGCCCUUGGCCUGGAGCAGGUGGCUGAGGAGGACCAAGAGGACGGGGGGGGCCGUGGAGGCUCCACGGGUCUGGAGAUGAACUCCAAGCAGAUCUUGACUGGAGGAAAUCGGUUUACCUGGCUGAUUGGCGGAAGGAGAAGUUCCAGGCCUGUGAGUUGCUUCGAGUUCUUUCUGGGUGUCUUCUACUGCUGCUCCAUGGCUGCUGACAUCUCCUUCAGCUUGCUGUGA